GCUGAACCGGUCACCGGUUCGAAGCCUGUAGCAAGCGAUCUUCUUGUUCGUCGAGACUAGGGCACCCAACAGAGAGGCCUUUUCCCAUGCCUGAACCUUGAAGUUAGGGCUCCAUGGAGAACCAUCACGCCUUCUGGGACCACUUGCCCUUGCUGGUGAGGGCGAACUCCAAGGAUUCGAUCGAGCACAUCCUCCAAGCCCUCUGGCGAACUCGCGCCACCGGUCUCGACGCCGCCGAUCGCGGCAUCAUCCGCGACAUGCUUCACCUCCAAAACGACUCCGAACUCGACCCCCUUCUGGUGUGUCUGCGCAUGUUGAUCCGGAAGUGUGUGUACGAGAAUACCAGCAAGGAGGAUAUCCAUAAGCUUUUCCCUGGCGAGGUUUUGCCCGAGCUGCAGAGGCUGCUGACGCUUCUGCUGCGGAAGUUUCAAAGGGAGUGGCGGGAAGACGUGCUCAAGGAUCAGGCGACGUUGCCUCGGUUGAAAGCGAUGACAUGGAAUAUGUCCGCAUCCAGUAUAGAGACUCCGGAGCCAGUUGCUGUUAUUAAUUUGCGGCUUCAAAAUGACGUAAAGUUUCGCUACGAUGAUUCAGAAGUGAAGUUCCAGCUGGAUAGAGAUACUUUAGAUAGCAUGCUGAGGUCUAUGCGUUCUAUAGCAGAGCAAUUGACUGAAAUGGACGAUCCAUCAAAUGGGCAAAUACCCCCGGAAAAUCCUGUGUAGUUCAGCAAAUGCCUCCCCGAGGAAGCUGUUCCGAUGGAGAGGGAUACCAAAGAAUGUAAACAGUUGUUAGGGGAUACUUUUAAAGCUUUAAUUGGAUCGGUUAUCUGCUGGACCCCACGACAGGAGAAUGUGCUGCAAUUUUUUUAUGGUGAUCGUCAAAAAUGUCAAAGAUCUGGACUGCAGAAGAGAGCGAUUGCAUCCCACUUCUUUGUGCGAUUUUGCCGCUGCUUAGUGCUUGCUGGACCAAACCGCAGGAUUUGGUGCUGGAUUCUUGGAUGAUGAGCAUUAGAAAUGCAAAGAGUGGGAAUUAGGAUGGUCAUUGCGUAUUGUGGGCAGCUAUGCUGCAUCCCUUGUCGAUGAAACUAAACUAUCAUUUCUCCUAAGAGUCAAAAUUCUUGAUGCAAGUUGGCCUGUGACAGUGCUUUAUUCAUGGAUCAUCCAAGUGGUUUUUGAAUAAGCAUUUAGACUUUGGUGGGUAUUGCUUCAUCCUCACUCUCUUGUGGUGGGUUCUGAUGCUUUCUUGGGUGGUUUAGACAACGAACAACUCUUUUGGGUGGUUUCCUAAUCUUAAAUCGAAGACAAAUCUCUUUUGUCGUCUGCUAAUUGUCCGUGAGAAGAGAGAAUGCAGUUUCAGUCAGGGAACUAUCAGUUACAAUCAAUGAAAUGCUAGCCCUGCGAUGGUAUCUCUUCGGA